AUGGUUUGUCUUCACAUUGAAAAUGCUACAUUCAACCUGCCUUCAGCCUUCACUCAAGUGCACAAAGAUGAAUGUACCCAAUGCUUUGACAAUCAGGAUGGACCUGAGGGAAUCGACGUCUGCUUGACCUGCUUCAACGGCGGUUGUUUGGAUCAAGAGAGACACCAUGCCUUGACUCAUAGUCAGCUUACAGGCCAUGCUUUAGCUGUCAAUAUUCGUCGCACUACUGUCAGCAAUCCUAACAAGAGAAACCAUGACGAUGCACCACCUCAAAAGAUUAGCAAGAUUGCCAUUGUUAUGGAGAACGAGGAACCAAUCUACGAAUAUGUCACCAUAGUCAGAUGUCAUAUCUGUAGCACAAAGGAGAGUAAAGAAGCGACACCUCAGUUGAAUGCCAUUGUCGAUGCAGUAAUGAGCUCCUUGUCCUCUGCCAAGCAAUCCGAGGUCAAGGCUUGGGAGGAAGUGAUUACACCCUGUGAACAUACAUUAUGCCUAGUGCAAGAGGAGCCCAAGCAGUUACAAGGCCAGGAUUUAGCCCACUGCGCUGAUUGCGAAUUGAAUCAAAACUUGUGGUUGUGUUUAGCUUGUGGUAAUCUGGGUUGCGGUCGCAAGCAAUACGAUGGCUCAGGAGGCAACAAUCACGCUAUUGAUCAUUUUGAAAAGACUGGCCACGGCGUCAAUGUCAAAUUGGGAACCAUUACAGCGGAGGGCACUGCUGACAUUUACUGUUACAGCUGUGAUGAUGCGCGUGUGGAUGACAACUUGGCUGCUCAUUUAGCCAACUGGGGCAUCAACGUUUCUCAACAGCAAAAGACAGAAAAGAGCAUGACCGAACUACAGUUGGAGCAGAACAUGAAGUUUGAUUUCAGCAUGACAACAGAGGACGGAAAGCAGUUAGAACCCAAGUUUGGCGCAGGCUAUACGGGUCUCAAAAACCUAGGCAACAGUUGCUACAUGGCAUCGGUCUUGCAGUCUGUUUUCAACAUUGAGCAGUUCCAGUCAAGGUACAAUCAGCAGCUGGCGGACCACGCUUUGACAUGCACCACCGAUGCUGCUAAUUGCUGGCACUGUCAAUUGCACAAAUUAGCAGAUGGCUUACUGUCUGGCAGAUACUCUCAGCCCAUCAUCAACGAUGACGGUGUUCAGUCCCAAGACGGCAUCGCACCAGGCAUGUUCAAAGCACUCGUUGGCAAGAACCACCAGGAAUUCUCCACCAUGCGCCAACAGGACGCCUUUGAAUUCUUCCAGUACUUGUGCAAAACGAUCCAGCAAAAGGAGCACACCACAAAGAACGAUCCCACCAAAGCAUUUGACUUUAUGACGGAGCAGCGUCUUCAAUGCGGCCAAUGUAAGAAGGUUAGAUAUCAAAAGGAUCAAACCACGUGUAUCUCUAUGGAAGUACCUGCUCGUCUCAAGGACAACACCGACAAUGAAUAUGAGCCUGUUGAUUUUACCGAGUGUUUGGAUACGUUUGUAAGAGAAGAAACUGUGGAUGGUUAUCAGUGUCCCAACUGCAAUGAAAAGACAACUGCUACAAGAUCUGUCAAAUUCAGUACAUUCCCUGAAAUUUUGGUCCUGAAUCCUCGUCGUUUUGCUUUCAUCAACUGGGUUCCUCAAAAGUUGAAUAUUCCCAUCGUUUUUCCUGAGGGUCCACUUCAAUUGGACAAAUACCUUAGUUCCGGCCAACAACCAGGAGAAGAACUAUUACCAGAAGACAGCACGGACUCCUCCGCUUCUUCUUCAGCUGAGCCGUCUUUCAACCAAAAUGACAUUGAUCAACUCAAAGCUAUGGGAUUCUCGGAAAACCGAUGCAAGAGAGCAUUGUUGAACACUGGCCACAAUGGAGCCGAUAUUGCCAUGAAUUGGAUGUUUGAGCAUAUGGAAGAUCCAGAUAUCGAUGAUCCUUUGCCUACCACAUCAAGUAACACUGCUUCAAACGCUGCUUCAGGCCCCUCUGAAGAUCAAAUAUCCACAUUGCAAGAAAUGGGAUUCUCCGCUCAACAAGCCAAGAAGGCAUUGCAUGAAACUAACAAUGAUACUGAAAGAGCCUUGGAUUGGUUGUUUAGUCAUCCUAACGACACUGGAGAAAUGAAUGAGCAAACGGCCACUGACGGUGCUUCAGCCCAAGUUGUUGGAGAUGCCACUCCUCCUUUCAAUUACAAGCUGGAUUCUUUUGUCUCUCACAAAGGCACAUCUGUCCACUGUGGCCACUAUGUAUCCCAUGUGUACAAGAAUGGAGAAUGGAUCCUGUUCAACGAUAACAAGGUGGCUGUUACUCCCAAUCCACCCAUUGGAGAAGCAUAUCUUUACUUUUUGAAGAGACAGUAA